AUGAAAGCAAUUCUUGGAACCAGUGAUGGAACAUUGUUGAAUUUGAAACCAGCAAACACCAAAUUGUUCAGUGAUGACGUCAAAAAAUCAUUCAAUCGCGCAUUUGGACCAUUUGUAUAUUGUAGUUAUACCGAUUCUCGCGGAUUCGAAAUUCGUCAUAUAUACUUUUCAAACAAACAAACUGUAAGUGCACAUGUUCUAUAAUUCUAUCAAGACAUCAAAUUUUUGAAAAUUUCAGAAAAACAAAAAAUGUUCGGAGCAAGCCAAUUUGAAGGACAGUGAUUACAAUGCGAAUUUCAUGCGGGAUUUAGAUCGAUACAAAUAUUCUUUUGUUUUUUAUCCGGAAAAAACAGAGUGAGUUUGAGAUAAAUUAGAAACAAAUGAUAUUGUUUUUGCAGAAAUAGUUUGAGUUUCGAAGCAUCGCUUUUUUCUCUCCAUUCACCACUUCUUUGCGGUUUACAUUAUGAGAAAGAUGUUCAUCGUCCAUAUGAAAUUUGCCCUGACGGUUGGAGUCCUUGGCGUCGAUCAACUGGAACUAUUUGUCAUAAAUAUUUUUCACUUGACCAAUAUGGAGAUAAAAAAGUAAGUAAUUAUUAGGGCUGAUUCACGAACGAAAAAAAUGUUUAAAAAUGUUUUUUUUUUAACAUCGAAAGAUCAAUUGACGAAAAGUCAAAAAAUGUCGAAAAAACAUUGUAGAUCAAAAUUACUGUAGUUUUUUCGAGUUUUUCAGCCAAAAAUGAUGACAAAUCAAUAUUUUUUAAGCUUCUGGAGUAAUUUCUGAUUGAAAUUGACCUUGGAAUUCACUUUCCAGAAGGUUUUGUUGAUUUUUCGUAAAAUAAAUUUUUUUUAUUAAUUUUGAUGAAUUUCGAAAAAAUUCAUAAAAUAAAUCAAAAUAGGGUUCUCGAAGCUUAUUUUCAUCAGAAGCUACUCCAGAAGCUUAAAAAAUAUCGAUUUGUCAUCAUUUUUGGCUGAAAAACUCGAAAAACUAAUUUUGACCUACAAUGUUUUUUUGACUUUUCUUGAAUUGAUCUUUCGAUGUUAAAAAAAACAUUUUUUUUCGUUCGUGAAUCAGCCCUAUUGGAUAUCUUUACCAAAACUACAUGUGAUUUUUUUUAAAUUCCAGCACAAGUAUUUUGAUGAAGCUCGUCAAUUUUGUUAUGAUCAAGAAGCUGAUAUGUCAAGAUGGGAUAAUUAUGGAGAGUAUGAAUUUGUACAAUCCCUACGUGACGUCAAAAAAUGUGGUGGUUCAUGUGAUGCGUGGGUGAAGUGUUAUGAUAAGCAUGGGGUGAGAAUAUUUUUUUCACCGAAGAGAAAGGAAACGUUUUAUUACAGUGCAAUGAUGUAGAGACAAUGAUAGAGGACGGAGAGAUUAAUUGGCCUGAUCUUCGAUUAUCUUGGCUUACAUGGUAUGAUGUGAAUGAGCAAAGUGUAAUGUGUGAAAAGGCGUCGAAUAGGUGA